GUGGUAAUUAAAGAAGACGAAGAACUAGAAGCGUAAGAAAGGGCCAUCCAUUUUUGCCAACCCGAUCACUCCUCCUCCUCCGGAGGUCCUCUUUAUUAAUGAACAUAAUAUUAUUUUCAUUAUUAUUAUUUUUAUUGUAAUAAAUAUUUUUUACUAAUAAUGGCUUCUUUUUCCUCUUCUCUUUCAUCAUCAUAUGGUUCAUAGCUGAUACGGCCUUCUGUUCUGUCUCCUUCCAUUUUUCCUUUCUUCCUUCAUUGAUUCAUCACAGGCUUUUUCCAGGUACAGCAUUUUUUUUAAUGCCUUCUUCCGUUAAUUUCAUGCAUUUUCGCCUUAGUUUUUCACGUGGAUUAUCAACAAUUUUCGUUCAUAUUAGUUUUCUUAAUGAUUUAUUGAUCAUCUCAUGCAUACCCACAAAAUGAUUACCCUGCUAGAUCUUAUGCUGUGAAAUUUUUUAUGAUAUUUUGAAAAUCCAGUUGAAUUUAUUUUGGCUGUCAUAAAAUGGGAAAAAAAAACCACAAAUUUGUACACAUUCUGUCAUUCACAUGAAGUCCUCUUAUUGAAGUGCAGAUCUCCUGUGAGGAGCAAGCUAGAUCUGAUGAGAAUAUAUUGAUCUAAGUACUCUCCUUGCAUCAAAGCUGCUCAGUUACACAAAAUCUCAUCAUCAUCAAGAAAAGAAAAAAGAGGGCAUUUUAUAAAGAAAAAAUCAAUGGCAAUGGAAGACAAUGGAGGAAGCAAGGUGAGUGGAAUCAGACAAAUAGUUAAACUCAAGGAGUUCAUCAACAAAUGGCAAAAUGUCACACUUGGCUCGAAAGACAUCAACGAACAACAUGAUCGGGAUUUAGAUAAUGAUCAGAGCAGUGUGCAUUCCAAUCAAGGCGGGCACGGAGGGAUUUCACCGGCGAUUAGCAGGAGGCUGAUGAGGAGCUCCAACAUGUACUGCGAUUCGGAUGAAGACAGUUGCCCCAGCCCUGAGCCGCCACACGGCGUCCCAAAAGGCUACCUGGCUGUUUAUGUUGGCCCUGAGCUUAGGAGAUUCAUCAUUCCAACUAGCUAUUUGAGUGAUCCUUUGUUUAAGGUUCUGCUGGAAAAAGUUGAGGAGGAGUUUGGUUUUGAUCAUUGUGGGGGCCUAACUAUCCCUUGUGAGACUGAGACUUUUAAGUUCCUCCUUAAGUGCAUGGAAAAUCAUCAGAGGGAGAAACACACCAAUCAGGAUACUUCUGAAGGGACAGCGCCUCCUGUUGAUGAAGAGUGACAUUUCACAUUGUUAGGAAUCAUGGGGUUCAAUUUUUUUUUUCUUUGCUUUUAAGUUACAUAGGGCUGAUUUUCUGAUGUAAAGCCGAAAGUGUCUUCUUCUCUAUGCAAAUACUAUAUGACAUUUUGAUCUUCGGUUUCAUGUUCUCUUGUUCAAAGUGACAAAUUAGAUAGAUAGAACUGAAAGAAUCUUACGUUGUUAUUCAUCAAUGUAAUGUACUUUCUCUCUUUUUUUGUUUUCCUUGUUCUAACUGGA